AUGGGCGCAGAGCAGUCGAAGAGCAAGGGGAAGGACCAGGAAGAGGGUCCCCUCGACUACUACGAGCUCCUCCAGGUGGACAUCGAGGCCACUCCCGAGGAGAUCAAAGCGACUUGCAGUGGGUCUCAGCAGCUAUUGAGAGCUGGAUCACUCACACUACAGCUCAUAAACCACCCCGACAAGAACCCCGAUCGAGUAGAGGAGGCCACAAAGCUCUUCGCCGAUCUUCAGCAGGCUUAUGAGGAACGCGCGUUCUACGACAAGCACCGCAAUGAUCAUAUCGAGGUCAACGACGAUGACUUGUACGACCAUGUCCGCGCUGGUGACGCAGGAGUCAACGACCCCCGCUCCAAAUUCAACAGGCGGAGGACGGCUAACCUUAAGGGCUUCUACUCUGUGUACCGCACGCUGUUCAACGUUCUCGCCAACGACGAAGUUCUGCACACCCCUGAAGGCCACGCGCCCGUGCACUAUCCGACCUUCGGCGACUCCACUACUCCCUACGCUCCCCCUCCAGGCAUGACCAAGGCGGAGCGUGCGAAGACGAACUGGGCUCGCGACUUCUACACGGCUUGGGGCGAGUUCACGACCGAGAAGAAGUUCGACUGGAUCGAGAAGUGGGAUCUUCGCCGAGGGGAGGACAGGAAUGUUCGUCGUCUGAUGGAAAAGGAGAACAAGAAGAUGCGUGAAGAGCACAGGAGAGAGUAUAUCGAUACCGUCAGGAACCGCGACCCCCGAUACAAGGAGUACUUGACCCAGCAGGCGAAGCGACGCAAGGAGAAGAAGGUUGCAUCGGCUGGAGCGUCGGGCACUUCAACGCCGCGAGGCGCCCGCCAGAUCGACCCUGAAGCCGCUCGUCUCCGCGAGGCGGAGCGCAUGCGCCAAGCCGCUCAGUUUGAAGAGCAGGACUGGCAGAAGAUCAAGGAGGAGCCCCUCUCCGAGGAGGAGAUCGAUGAGUACGCUGAGGAGGGCGACGGAACUGGUCUCAGGAUGGACGACGGCGCGGGUGGAGAGAUCUUUGAGUGCGUUGCCUGCAACAAGACCUUCCAGAGCGAGGCUAGCUGGGGCAACCACGAACGCAGCAAGAAGCACAAACAGGCUGUGUACAAGCUCGCCAAGGAAAUGAGGGCCGAGGCUGGAGGUUUCAGCGAGGAUGACUUUGUCACGCCUGCAGAAGGAUCGCCGGUGGAGGACGAAGACCAGGACCUCGAUGACAUCGAUAAUCUUGAUGAGGACGACCUCGCGGCAGAGCUGGAGAAGUUGGAAAUGAAGGAAGCUGAGGACGAGUCCCUUGCGUAG